CAUCACUUUUCCUGGCUUCCUCUGUAAGGAUCAGGACUAUAAAAAGCCUUAAAGCAAUCUACUAUAGCAACAAGCAAAAGGGUGAAGAAGAAGAAAAAGCUUCUUUUAUUUUCUUCAUUAACGCCUACUUUCCAAUCCAAGUUGAUUAAGUUAAACACAUACACAGAAAAGUACGGAUAAGAUGAAGAAAUCAACAAUGGCGGGAGCUGAUAGAGCGUGGGAUCUGAUUCGUGUAGCAUUGCUCUGGGCCAGAAAAGGAACAUGUUUCAGAAACCGCCUACAGCUCACCGUCAAGUUCGUUAAGAGCCUCCACCGCCGUCAGUCCCGCCUCCGCCGCGAUUCCUACGCCGCCAUCCGUCUAGGUGAGCGCCAAUUCUCUUUUGACGACUCCCCUGUCUUCCGCCUGAAGAUGAGCCGCCCCGUCGCCGCCUCAUUCCGUUCCAAGCUGCCUCGCAUUCCCUGCAUCAACCCUCACGAUGUGGAUAUCGAUUGCGAUUUCGAAUUUGACGGCCGCUGCGACGGCGAGGAGGAUCAUGACCGGAUCAUGUCAUGCGAAAGUGACGGUAAUGGCAAUUCCGAUUCGAAUUUGUUCGACGAAACAGCAGCGGAUGAUUAUGGCGAGAACAGCUAUGGAAUUGAUUUGAAGGCGGAGCAGUUCAUCGCGAAGUUCUACGAGCAAAUUGAGCUUCAAAGACAGUCAUCUUAUCUGCAGCGGUGUGAAGUGCUCGCGGGCACGCCCAAUUAAACUCUUGUCUUCCUCUUCAUUUAAGACGUAGUAUUAGAGAUCGGCUUGUCUAUACGUAGUAACUACAAUAAAAACAAUUUGAUAUUCCAAAAAAUCAUUGUUGUAUUUUUUCUUAAAUAUGAAGAAUUACAGAUAAAGAGUUUUUGCCA